GUCGUCAGGGGAUCUGCCGACGCUUUUCGGGGAGGUGCAGUCGAAUUGCCUGGCAAUACGGAGAAUCUGAUGAGUUUGCUAAAGGCUCCCAGGGAACUACUUUCGGCAGAAUAUAGACAAGGGAUAGACAAAGUACAAAUCUCGAAAUCACUCAAAAGGGGCAGAACAAACAUCAAAAAUUUUUACAGUCUUCCGGAGCAGGAAUUUUUGGCCCGGGGGCACCAUCAGCAGCUGGUCGUGGUGCUAGUAAACUCCAUGCUUCCUCCAGGAAAACCAAACAAGGUGCUCGUGGGGACGGCAAGGGUCCCGCUUAUGAAUAUUGGGAGAUGGACGGUGC